AUGAAACUAUUAAAACAAUCAAAAGAAAAACUUAGAGUAUUAAAUCUUGAACCAUGGAAUUUUAGAAAUUCAUCAACAACAAUAAUGACACCAUCAUCACCAAUCCAAAAUUGUCUGAAAGAGGAAAUCUUAAAAGGUUCAUUUGAAGAACUAGAUCAGGAUAAUCCAUUAUGCUCAAAUAUUUUAGACGUAUCUGAUCCAGAUUCAUGGUUAAAACCCUUUUUUAAUGAUGAUGAAUGGAAUGAAUUAUCAGAUAUCAAAGAAUAUGAUAUUAAUGAAGGUACAUGGAUGUCACAUUCUGUGACAAUUCCUUUUAAUAUCGCAGCAAGAGAUAUUCAGAAAUUAAGACUCUUAGUGCAAAUGAAUUUUUUAGCUCUUGAUCAUUUUAUUGUUAUAAAUUUGUUUUUACUUAAAAAAAAAAUUUAUCCAGUUUUGAAAAGGGAUCAAUAA